UUGCUUGCUGGCGACGGCUGGUGGGCAGACGAAACCAUGGGAGAAGGGGGGGAACGCAGCGAGCUGCUGGAUUUUGAGGGAGCUGUGCUAGAGUUGGGGCAGCAGAAGCAGAUGAAAGAAGUAUUGGAACUUUCAGUAUAUGAAAUGAAAAAGACAGUAGCAGAACUUGAAAAAAGACUUGACUAUGUUGAGGAUGAAGACAAUGAAUGGAAAACCAGAUAUGAAACCCAAAUAGAAUUGAACAGACAGAUAGAAAGGCAAAUUGGACUUCUCCAAGUAAAGAUGGAUCAUGUUCGUGGCAGCCCAACAGACAGAUUGGCUUCUGUACGCUCUUUUGAUCAAAUGCACAUGGAUUCUUUAAAUCUAUUUCUUAAAAAGUUGGGAGAAGAGAAGGAAAGCCUCCGGAACCAGCUGAAAGAUUAUGAGCUGAGAUUGGAACAAGAAGCAAAGGCUUACCAUAAAGCUAAUGAUGAACGUCGUGCAUACUUAGCGGUGAUGUCACAAAUAUCAGGCUCACACAAACCAUUAGAGAGGCAAAAGAUGGAGGCUGUGGAAAUGAAGAGGGAAAACCAACUUCUGAGAUUAACAUUCAAGAUGUCCUUUGUGAGAGAUAUGGAGCUGGAACAUUUUGAUGAGCGUGAUAAAGCACAGCGAUACAGCCGAGGGUCACGGGUGAAUGGCCUGCCCAGCCCGACCCACAGUGCCCAUUGCAGCUUCUAUCGAACCCGCACUCUGCAGACCCUCAGCUCUGAGAAGAAAGCCAAGAAAGUCCGUUUCUAUCGCAAUGGGGAUCGAUAUUUCAAAGGGAUUGUAUAUGCCAUCUCUCCUGAUCGGUUUAGAUCUUUUGAGGCCCUGCUGGCUGAUCUGACCCGAACACUCUCUGAUAACGUCAACCUGCCCCAGGGUGUGAGAACAAUCUAUACUAUUGAUGGAACAAGGAAGAUUACCACCUUAGACCAACUGGUGGAAGGAGAGAGCUAUGUGUGUGGCUCAAUAGAGCCCUUCAAGAAGCUGGAGUACACAAAGAAUGUAAAUCCUAAUUGGUCUGUGAAUGUCAAAACCACCUCCGCUUCCCGUGCGGUGCCCUCUCUUGCCACAGCCAAAGGAGGCCCUCCAGAGUCAAAGGAGAACAAGGAUUUCAUAAGGCCUAAACUGGUCACCAUCAUCAGGAGUGGUGUAAAGCCGCGUAAAGCAGUCCGGAUUCUGCUUAACAAGAAGACGGCACAUUCGUUCGAGCAGGUUCUCACUGAUAUUACUGAUGCCAUCAAGCUGGAUUCGGGAGUAGUCAAGCGCCUGUAUACACUGGAUGGGAAGCAGGUGAUGUGCCUUCAGGACUUUUUUGGUGAUGAUGACAUAUUUAUUGCAUGCGGCCCUGAAAAAUUUCGUUAUCAGGAUGACUUCUUGUUGGAUGAAAGUGAAUGUCGAGUAGUGAAAUCCACUUCCUAUACCAAAAUAGCUUCGACAUCACGGAGGAGCACUACCAAGAGUCCAGGUCCAUCUAGACGCAGCAAAUCUCCAGCAUCUACCAGCUCAGUUAAUGGAACUCCUGGUAGCCAGCUCUCUACUCCCCGUUCUGGGAAGUCUCCAAGCCCAUCUCCCACCAGCCCUGGAAGUCUGCGGAAACAGAGGGACCUGUAUCGCCCACUCUCUUCGGAUGAUUUGGAUUCAGUAGGCGACUCUGUGUAAAAUCAGAAAAUGGAGCAAUGCUUAAUGGUUUGUGACUGGGUGAAGGUGUGACACUUUUUAAGAAUGUAGUUAGUUGCCAAUUGACAUUAGUGCAUUGCACAAAAGGGUUUUGCAUAUUUUAAUAAAUCACUGACAUUCAUUAAUAUAUGUCAACUGUACUGGUAAUAUGUGCUUGUGCUGUUUGUUUUCUAUAAAAGGGCUUUUGGUUACAGGAUGCUUAAAAUAGUAAUUGAACAAACAUUCUGAGAUAAAAUUGGGUGGGUAAUAUAAUACAAAAAGGUGCUAUUAUUUUGCUAAGCGCUCCACACUGGUUGUACCAAAGCAAGUCUGUGUGGUAGAGGCUUGAGCAAGGAACAGCCUUCUGCUUGCUUGGAGGAGAGGGGAUCACAGAUCAUUUUCUGAAACAUCCUUUCCGCUCAUACUGCCAGUGAAUACAAACCCAUACCUUUACAGCAGUAAGAAAUGUAAAGCAAAGAAAAGAAGCAAAGAAAUGUUUCUGGAUAAAGGAUACCAGCAAACUUGCUGGGAGAUUAAUGGAUAGCUCAGAUAGCUUUUUAGAAGAGAAUAGUACAGACACCGCUUGUCCUCACAUUGUUGAACCAGUGGAUCCCAAAUAAGAUUCCAAUGUUUAGUAAGUUCUUUCUUACUAUUUUUAAAGGAAGUCAGCAUAAAUUGGGAUGAGGAAUAAAACAGUAUGAUUGAAAAGCUAUUUACGAUCAUUUGAACCACACAAAGCAACCAUUCUCAUUUUAGGAUUUUCACUAGGAAUUGUUUAAUUUUCCUUCUUUUUAAAGAUGUAAAUAUGACAAUAUACUUUUUCAGGCUCAGACACAACAAAAGCGAGCUCAGCUUUUUCUCCAGUUACAUUAUUAAAAGUAGAUAUCACCAUGGUGAUUGAAGUAGUUAAUUCUAAUAAGUUAUUUCUGAGUUGCUAUCAUUUUUCUUUUAAAUAAAAUGAAUGUGCUUGCUCAUUCUAGAACAAUUUUCUCUAUGAUAAAUUUGUUGUUAUUAAGAUCAAAGGCACCCAGUGAGAUUAUUUUCUGUGUAAGCCCCAUUGAAGUCAAUUUCCAUAAGUAGGUCUUAAUAACAACUAUUUUAUCACAGUAUGGAUAGACUGCUUGUGUUCUGCUAUCUUGUUUUGAAAAUUGGUGUGUUUAUUAUAAACAAGCUUGGUCUUACAAAUUGCUUGCUUAAUGUAAUGUUUUCUAUCCAAUAUGUAAACUGUUAUAUCCUAACUGUAACAUUUUAAACAAUGCAUUUACUCUAAGAUUUCAUAUAUAUUGAAUGAAUGAAUGUUAAAUUAUUUUUACUUAUAGAUUCCACACCACAUUACAAAUCACUGGGUCUCAUAAGAACAGUUGUAACUAAAACUAAAGGCAUCCAUAGCUGUACUCUUUUAUUUUAAAACUACUUAGCAUUUUUAUUAGUGCUAAUAAAAUGGCCAACAAAAACAUAAUAACCUAUAUUAUUAUGAGGUGUGUUCUGAUGUUACCCUGGCAUGAAGGACAGCAGAACACAACUGUAACAUGUGUUAAAUACGUCCAGUACAUUAGCGGUUUUGCAGUUCUUGAUACUGAGGUCUUGAUUAGACUGGCUUGA